GUAUCACCAUUUAAGUAAAUAAUUUUUGCCCUAUAUAAUAUCCAACGUUGACGAAUUGGGAAUAGGGUUCUGCUGAGCGAAGCAGAUCCGUUUCCUGCCCUUCUAUCUUCAUUAUUCUCUCUCCAGCGCCUUCGACGAAGCACGAGAAGUUUUAGAUGUGAUUCGCAUUUGAGGGAUACUCUUCUCAACGAUGAAGGUGAAGGUGAUUGUGAUUCUGCUGUUGGAGUUUCUACUUUAAAGUGGAAGGCAGUUUAUGGUGUUUCUACAUUUUAUUUUGAAUCAUGAACAGUAACCAUAUUUAAUUUGGGAUCCAAAUAUUGUUCAAAUAUUUACUCUUAAUUUCAUUUUUCGCAAUUGGAUUCGAAUUUUUGUUUAAUCCUUUAUUGAAGCCGUUCUCUGCUUGUUUCUUUGACUUUAAAAGUUGCCUCGGAUCCUGUAUGUGUGUUUCAUAGGUAGGGCUUGGCCUUUGAUUGAAUAACGACGGGAAAUAGGCUUGAAUUGACGAUCUUGGUGUGGAUUCUGUGGUAAUGUGGGCAGGCUGGAGAUUGUUUUUGUAUUUCUCUGUUGAUUACAUCCAGGGCUCAUCUUGCUUUUGGUCCCCUUGCGGCAGUAUACUUCGAGAAAGUUAUUGAGUUUCAGUUAUGAGUCCAGAAAGAAGCAGAAGCCCUCUUCGAACCAAGAGGUUUCGUGGCAGUGACCGUGCAUCUUUUCGUGAAGCACCUUACUCAAGGGAUCGUCGUAUUUCCCGGCAAGAUUAUCUGUGCAAUAAGUGCAAACGACCAGGGCAUUUUGCCAGAGAUUGUCCGAAUAUGACUGUAUGCAAUAACUGCGGACUCCCAGGCCAUAUCGCCGCUGAGUGCAACUCAACUACCAUGUGUUGGAACUGCAAGGAGCCUGGACACCUUGCAAGCCAAUGCCCCAAUGAUCCAGUCUGCCAUAUGUGUGGAAAGAUGGGUCACCUGGCUCGAGAUUGCUUCAACCCUGGGCUACCUGCCCAUGAUGCAAGGCUCUGCAACAACUGCUACAAGCCAGGCCACAUUGCUGCCGACUGCACCAAUGAGAAAGCUUGCAACAACUGCCGCAAGACUGGUCACCUUGCUCGGGAAUGCCCAAACGAGCCUGUGUGCAACAUCUGCAACAUCUCCGGUCACUUAGCCCGCCAAUGCCCCAAGUCAAGCCUCACACCAGAGCUUGGUGGCCCUUUCAGGGACAUACUUUGCCGUACUUGUGGGCAGCCUGGCCAUAUCAGCCGGGACUGUGUAUCCAUUGUCAUCUGCAACAACUGUGGUGGGAGGGGACACCAGGCUUUUGAGUGUCCAUCUGUCCGGAUGCUUGACCGUGGUGUCCUUCGACGGUAUUGAUCAUCUGGGUUGGUAGGGUUGGUUCGUCGAAGAAGCCUGCUAUUGCAUCGCAAUAUAUUUUGAUCUUUGGGAUUGAUUGCUUCUGUAUGAGAGAUCCAUUUUCCUUAUGUUGCAAAUUAUAUAACUCAACUCUUUUAGGCGCUCUUACAACAUGGUGUAGCAAUAUGCUGUUUCCUUUUUCCGCCAUAUAUUGAGGUCUGGGUUGUUACAUUUACCUUUUGGAAGAUGCUUGAAAUGAUUACUUUUCA